AUGAGAUUAGCAUUUAAAGAUUUUAGCGUAUAUGAUUAUUCACGUUCAACAAAAGAUUCACCACAGAAUAAUCUUAGAACAUCAUCAAAAUUGACACGUGAAAGUAAAGAUUUGAUGAGUGAACAAGAUUGGUAUGAAAAAGAUUUGUCUGAUUUUGAUGAUCCGCAAUUGUCUGACGAGGAAAACGAAGUUGUAAGACUCAAAAGACAUACAAAACAAAAUGCUAGUGUAUCUGGAAACGAUAUUCAAGAUGAACGAGCAUAUCCGUUGGACUUCUGGUUUAUUCUUUCGCUGUAUAUCGCCCCAGAAGAUAUUGGUCGUUUUUCAAGCAUUUGUCGAGCAUCACACUAUGUUGUUGGUACACCCUGGUUUUGGUUAAAAAAAUAUGUACAGUACAAUAAAAGUGAAGCAAAACAGUUGACACGUCUUCUCACCAAAGAAAAAGCUCCCAUUAUUCGUACACAUGUUAUUAAAUCAUUAUAUUCAGUUUAUCCUGUAUUUCAAGAACGCCUGAAUAAAACCGAUGUAAUACAAAAAGAUCCAUAUUUUUUGGAACAUUGGCGAUGUAUACGAAUAUGGCAUACAAAAUCAACAAAUAAUAAUAAAGAAGGUUGGAAUUAUUACUUUGAGUUUCGAUUUGAUUCAUCGUUUCGUCCAAAAUCAAAACAAACUACAUCGACAUUUAGUGUAACGAAUAAUUCUAGUAAUUCAUCUGCAAUAGCAACAGAAUAUCUCGUUGAUAAGGAUUGUUGUGUAUUACAUUUAUAUUGUUCAAAUUUUGUUCCUGUUGGUCCGUUUAUGGGUAUGAUUCUAUCAAAAAUUAAUCUUAACGUUAGUAGUGAUUAUCGUUAUCAUAAAAUAAAAAUGUGGUUCGGUACAAGUUCUGUAUGUUUGUCGACGGCGUCCAAUAAGAAUAGUGCACAAAAUGUAACAAAUUCAGUUGUUAUUAUUGAUCCCAUCUUGUUUUUGAAAAUUUAUCAUUGGUGGAACUCACCAUCCAAAUUUGAAUGA